AAAUGAAUGAGUUUUUUCUUUGUUUAUACCUUUGUCACCAUGGAAUUGUUCAAGCAAUGCAAAUAUGGUAUUCUUCAUAUGGAGCAUUUAGGCUGGUUGCCUUAUUUAAUGUUAUGUAAACAAUGUAUACCCACAACUCAAAAUAGUAUCUUUAUGGUUUCAUUACUGAAAAACAAAUUUAUUGUCGUAUAUAAGGAGACUAUACCAUAUGAAGAUGAAACUAUGCCCAAAAGUGUAUUCAUUUUUCAUCAACUAAUACUUAUACUGGUAAUAAAAAAAGAUAUCCCAAAAUUUUCAUCUAAGUUAUAUAAGUUCAACUUGACGGAAGUCACAACAGGAAUUUCUGGGAAAAGUAUUGGCCGUCUUACAUUGCUAAAUUCAUCAAGCCAUCUUAUAUCAUGUGGCAGAGUCAACUUUAACUUAGAAUGCUCUAGUGAUAAAUUGCCUGUGUAUUUAGAUGGAAAUACAGGUGUUUUGUACACCAGAUAUUCACCAUGGAAAAAUCAGAAAUAUAAUAAAUUAUUACUUUCAGUCAGUGUAAAGAUGGCCAAUCACAGCGAAAUUACAGAUCAAGCAGUGAUUAUAAUUUCGUGGAUUGAUAACUACUUCAGCACUGUAAUACACAAUGCAACUUGCUCUGAUAUAAACCGACAAAAAUAUUCUUCUAAGGAUGAAGAAAUUACAAAUGAAGGCGAAUCAAAGCAGUUGAGACGAGAGAAACGCAAACAAAGACAAAUAGAUCUUAGGAUAUAUAACAUCACGGUAGAAAAUCAGCUAGAUGCAGAUGAUGACAAAUUUGGCCUUCACCUUCAAUUUGCGCCUAUACUUUGGGUUAAGAAUCACAUCCAGCCUGGGAUGGAAGCGCAUACUGGCAUUGUUAUUGAAAUUGAUGACACAAUACUGAUAGGAUUGGCGAAAAUGGUUUAUCAUGAAAAAUGUCCUACACAUUCUGUUGAAAUGACUAUCACAUCAUAUCCAGUAGCAGUGUUUCCAACUGAUAUUGUCAUUGUGGCUGCCGAAGUUUUUCUACCAAUAGUAACACACAACUAUACUUUGAAUAAAGCUCCUAAGGUGAUUUUGGAGACUCCUGAUCCAGAAAUGAAAAAUCCAAUGGUGAACUACUACACCACUGUUUUGGCACUUAUCACGUGGUUUGAGGAUAUUGUUUACAGUCCAGUGAACAUAGACUUUCAUUUAUCAACGUCUGAUUCAGAGCUCAUUGAACAAAAGUUUGUUUCACUAGGCAAAGGCAUAAAAACAGUGGUUCCAGUUAAUACAGAAAUGUCAAUCAAAAGCCUUGAGUCAAGUAAAAAAUCAAGUGAAGUUCAAGUGUUUAGUCCUGCAAUUUUGGAUACCGGUUUAUUAAUAUUCACUGGGAAAUGUCAAUUUAAUGUUGUAAAUAACACUGCUCAGGUUACUAUCGGAGAAUACCAAUUUGAAGGCAGACAACAUGAAAUGGAUGGAUUCACAAAAUCUGAAGCCACAUCUAUUAACAUUAUGGUCCCUUUAUAUAUUUCACCUAGGGUCUCCAGCCCUAUAGAUUUUAAAUUUGUUUUAAAUUAUGGAAAUUCUACUUUGAAAUCGCAGUUCAAUUUUAAUAUUGGUGAAACGCAGAAUUUCAGUUUAAUGCCUGAAACAAUAGAUAGUUUAGCAAGACGACCAGGUGAAAUAACAAAGUUUGUAUUUGAUAUCCAAGUCCCAAAGUUUUCUAAACUACCAAAUUGUUCUCUGACAUUUAGUUCUGGCUCGAGGAGUACAGAUAACGAAUCACAGUAUACAAUUUUAAGUGUGGAAUUCGAUAACGGAAGGAAUCUUCUUGCCUUGCAAACUGAAAAAGUCAAAGUUGUUUAUGCAUCCGAAUUUUCAGAUGGACAACAAGACUUACUGUCAGUCUAUUUUGGAAAUUUGGUUAACCUAGGUAGUUUCGGUGGACGGUAUUCAACAUCCUUCAAGGUCACCAUAAAGUUGCGUAUUUCAGACAGUAAAAGCGUAAUAGAUGGGUCCACAUUAAAGUUCGAAAUGUUGGCAAAAUUCGGAAAUAUGAUCGAGACUUGUGAAGUCUUUCAGCCAAUCAGAAUAGAUGGCAAAGAAAGGCCACUUAUUCUGAUGGAUUUACAAGAAGUUGACAAACACAAACAAAUAUUGAUGAACACUUUUAAUGUAGGGGAAGCAUAUGAAUUUAAACUACAGGAAUUUGAAAAUUUAGGAUAUGUUAUGAAGGUUUUUAUUGAUUAA